AUGGAGUUAGCUGAUAAUUUCUAUUCAUGUGAAGGAGCCACUCUACCCCGCCGGUUACUCUAUGAGUUGUAUAUGGAAAGCUGCAAUCCAAAUCCUGAGUGUCAAGUAAAUUCAUCCUCCUUUGGAAAGAUUAUUAGGUUAGUUUUCCCAGGCCUAGGAACAAGACGACUGGGCACAAGAGGGAACACCAGGUAUCAUUAUUCCGGAAUUGCUAUCAAGAUUAGCUCUUCCUUUUAUGCACGUUAUUGCUCUCUUCUGUCUCAAGAAUAUUGUUGCAGGAACCCUUUUCCAGGGGAACCAAGCAGCAGCUCUGCCUGCCAGCCAAGAACCUCUGUGGUCACCAGUGGAAAUGCCUGCAGUUCGGGAGGUGCAGAUGGUUACAAGGGGAUUAGCAAAAAACCCAAAACAAAUUUGCAUUGUUCUCCAUCUGUCAUUUAUCUGAAGACUGAGCAAGAACAAUUUCAGUACCCUUGGCCUGGAUUCAGCAGAUUCUACCUUUGGCAGGAAAAGGUAGGGAAAAAAUACCCCUAUAAAAUGGUUGUGCUGCUUGCCAAUGAGUAUUACAGCCAUUGUCAAGAUAUUUUACAUCUGGUGAGAAUGAAGGAGUUUCACAAGGUGGGAGAGUGUAUCCUGUCAUUCUGGAGAUGUCUGCAGACUGAAAAAAUAUCAGUGAUGGCCUCGCCAGAUGUGUGCCAGCUGUUCAUAGGCUAUGAUAGGCAGCUGUUCAAGGAAAUGGAGAACAUCCUACUUUAUGAUUUCCUGGAGGAGGUGCCUGAGCAAGACAUGGAGUCAAUCCGAUUGUUCAGCAAAAAUGUUGAACUUUGGCUGCUUAAUGCUUUGAAAGGGCUUCCAUUGUUACUCCAAACAUCCAAAUCUAAAGAAGUUGCAGUGUUUAUAAAAAGAAUCCGCAGAAAGGGAGACCUUUCUAACAUAGCCAAGACAAUGAGAAGAGUCUUGAACAGCAACAGCAGAGUCACUGUUCUACGAUCAGACUUGCAGACUGUCAUUGAUGAGGGAUUUCUGGAUGUGCCUGGAAACUUCUUUCAAAAGGAGUUUAGGAAUUUCAAGCAUCUGCAGAAUGACCUAGAACUCAAAUGUUUGAAUGACUUCCUGUCUUUGCUGGCAUCUUCCACGGAUAUUCGGGUUCUCCUGAAUGGUCUGUCUUCAAAUCUUCAGAUUUUUGUCAUUCAGCCAUGCCAGAAUAAAGAGGAUUUUAGAAACCUGGCAUCAGACUUCCAGUUGAGAUGGAACUUCCUACUGAGUGCAAUAAGCAAGGCAAUGACCCUCAGCUAUGCAGAGAGCUUUGGAUCCUGGUAUUUGUUUAAUUUGCUACUGGUGGAUUUCGUGGCUCAUGUUUUCCUGUCCUGUAUGGAGGAGGAGGGACAUGAAAGUUUCUGGGUCGCAGAACAAAACGAGUCCUCUGUCCUCUCAGUUUAUGAGCCCAGCCACCUCUGGGUUUAUUUGACAGAGGAGCAACCUCAAGCCAGUGAUCCACAGGCAGCUCUUAUAACUUUAAUGGAGAGCCAGAGUAACUUCGGAUUAGACAACAGUCUUCAUAAUUCUGAGUUAUUUGGUGGACACAUCCACAGGAUGCAAGUUUGA